ACAGGUUCGAGUCGAAAUCAAAAUGGCGACAGGCUGACGAAGAGGAAACUGCAGCGUAAUAUUCAGACGUCAAAUAAUCCCAAAUACUGCAAGUCUCCAGGUAUAUCUAUAACAGAAACAGUGAUGUCUACUGUCUGAGUACUUCUGUGGCACAAGAGACAUCCAACCAACCUGCUUUAUCAGUACUUGUGAAAGAGGCCUCGAAGAGAAUAGCGUCGCCAUGUUGUACGUUUUCCUGGUCGACACCGGCAUCAUGCUGACCUUUGACAUGAGCCUGGCCCUCCAGCCAGUGAAUGUCCUUCAGCAGGAGGUGGCCAGGUCUCUGUGUGUACCUGCGGACAAGCAGGUGAUGCUGAUCAGUGGAGGCGACAUGCUGGAGAGCAAGUCUCGUGUGUGCAGCUACAGCGCAGGAACGGACACCAACCCAAUCUUCCUGUUCAGUAAGGUGACCAUCGAGUCUGCCGUGCCUCCGUCUCCUAGUGUGGACCUAGGGUCAGACUCUGACCCCAGACUACAGGUGGAAGGGUGCCUGAACAUGCCUGCUACAUACGAGACGGUGGUGGCUCGUGCACAACUGGCACUGCAAUUCCAUGACCUUGCAAAGGACACAGUAAGGUCGUGUGAACAGCUGGUCCAUGAACAGCACCUACAGCAGCAGGGCUGGGCAGCUGUCAUCGCCAAUCUCGAGGACUGCUCAAGCCAAUUCAAGAUCCGAGUAGACAGUUUUGAGGGUCUGUACAGCCAGUACCUGGUCACCAGACCAAAGUUCAUGGACAUCAUUCAAACGUUUCCCAACACGAUAAAGCUGCUAGAGAAGAUCCCCCUGCUGCCCUGUCUACAGGGAGCUCCCAUGCAGAGUAUCCAGUCCUCUGGUGGGGUGGUCACCAGUCGCGUGUUUCACCCUCAAACUCUGCUGCAGUGGAUCAACGCAAAGGACCCCAGCCAUACCCUAGAGCAGCUGAUGGAGCAGUGUGUGCGAUGUAUGGAACAGCUGGAUGAGACUGUCCUACAGGGUCUCAUGACAGAGUGCAACAAUAUUCUCAGUUCCUUAAACAACCCCCAGAUGAAGGAGAUUAAAGGCCUGGAGGACAGACUGUACGGGCUGGAACAGCUCAUGGCAGGGACCAGGAAAAUAGUGCAGGAGCAGGGAGACAUGGCACAGGCUUUUGUACAGAACCAGAGUCGGUGCAGUAACCUAGGCGACCCCUCCAUCCUGCCGGACCUGUGUGCCAGCCACCGUAAGCAGCUGCUGGUCAUGCUCAACAACCACAAACAGCUCAGGGACAUCCGACGUCGAUGUGUCAUCGCUAAGGACGAACUGUCCGCAAACCUCCACACUAGACUGAGGUGGAUCAUGUACAUAGAGAAGGCCAUCUGUGAGCUGGACAGCAAACUCACCAUCUACUACGAGAACAUCAAACGCCUGAAGAAGCGCCUGGAGAUCGUGGAGCAGGUUAGUGAGGCUCCCACCGUCUACUGCCAGGCUGUGGCAGAGACCUACAGGAGGAGGCAGUUCUCUGAACAGUUUCUACAGUGGGCAGGGAACUUGUCACAAGACUUCACACAGAUGAGGGAGGAGGAGGUCAACAGAAGAAAGGAGUUCAAAAACAUCUUCAGAAAACAUUUCUUAAAGAUGAUGUUCCCAGGAAUGGAAGAUUAUCCACCAGGAUUUGCGACAAAACCUCCCGACUCCUUUGACAAAGACCUCCCCUUCAUCACCCAAGAGGACGUGCAGAUUCUACAGGACACGGUUCCUGAACUGUCCGAGUCUCUGAGGGUACCAACUCCAGAGGAACUACAGCAAAUGUCCCAGCAUUCCUCUCGCUUCAUGCACUUCAGCCUGACCUCGCAUGACCCGACCCCACUGCGGGGUCAGAAGUCACAGGACAGCCAGGCCACGCUGGUAGGCCCCUCCAGGUCGUCCAGUGAGACCAGUGCCUGUCCACAGACCACGCCAACGUCAGAGUACAGCAGGUCUCAGAGCCAAGACACCAUUUCCAGCAAAUCCUCCAGAAACGAUGAGCUGGCCAGCGUUCCAGAGAAGGAGGAGGGGAUGACAAGUCCUCCCGCUGUUGCACAUAUGGAAUCUACACCUCAGGUAGCGGAAACUUCUCACGCCCCCCGCCCAGUGCCUCACCGCAGUGCCCCCCCCAGUAACGUGACGGUGCGCCGGAUGCAGCAGCAGCAGGAGUCCGGGUCCUACUCUCCUGACAGCAUCGACUCCCACAGCGUCGAUCUGGAGUACGGCAGCCCCACCAAGAGGCCGACAGUCGUGAGCGACAGUUUUGUGUCGGUGAACGAGAGCCCGGAUGAGUUCAUGUCUGCGACGGACGUGUGGCAGUUCCAGGAGGGGGGGUACAAGAGCCCGUCCAGCUCUGUCGGGACACCGCUCGAGUCCGUAGAGUCCUCCGUCGUGGAAACUGUGGGGAACACACUGGUGGUCAAGACAGAGGGGGCAAAGGUGAAGUCCCUUCGCAGCUGCCCAGUUGCAGCAGAGCCUCCAGGAGAUAGAGUGAAGUCCCCUUCCCAGACCCAUGCUGCCCAGCUGCAGCGGAGCCUACAGGAGCGGAAGUCGACCAUCGACGUGCUGGAGGGCCAGCUGGCGUCCGCGCGGAGAGAGCUCGCCAAGUCGGAGGAGAAGUGCAGAAAACUGCACGAGCUGCACAACAAGAUCCAGCUGCAGCUGAAGCUGGGCCUGGUGGACAUCCGGCAGCAGGUGCAGGACAACCGGAAGGAGGUGUCGUCCCACGUCGCCGCAGUUACAAAGCAGGUGUUCGAGGCAGUUGCAGGCCUGGAGAAGUCGGUCGCCAGUGAGCAGGAGUCGGCGGUCCGGGGCGCCGUCGGAAAAGCGAACGAGGAAAAGCAGGCGUUGGCCGCGGAACUCGAGGCAAAGCUCCAAUCCGAGGUAAGUAAGUGCACAAAGAUCAACCAAGAAGUCGAAGCUCUACAAAAACAACUGGAGGACAGGAAGACAGAAGAGCAAAACACGGCCCAAGAGUGGCAAAAGAAGUUAGCCGACAUGAAAGCAGAGUUCGAAACGUCGCAAAAAGCGCUUCAGGGUCGCCUCAAAGAGGAGCACAAGGCAAAAAUCAAUGACAUGAAAGAGACGCUGGCACAGAAGGAGCAGUUCGUUCUGGAGCUCCAGAGGGAAAAGGAAGUCAUGAUGGAGGACAUUGCCGAGAGGUUUAACUCGGAGAAGGGUGAAGUCGUCAUGACGUUGAGAAAAGAAUACGAGGAGGCCAAGAAACAAGCCGUGACGGAACUCCAGGAGAAGCUGAAAGUCGACCACGGGAAGGCGCUGGCUGCUCUGAAGGACGAACACGACACUCACCUGAAGUCUGCCUGCGAGACGAUACAACACGCCAUGGACCAGGAGAAGGGUCGACUGGAGAAACAGAUCAAGGAACUGGCGGACGAAGUGGAGAGCCUGAAGGCAGAGAGGGACGGGGAGAUAGAGAGAGUGAGAGAGAGUAUGUCGGAGGACAGAAAGACCGAAGUGGACAUGCUGAUCUCGCAGCUAGAGAUUCACAAGGAGAAGUGCGAAGAGGCGUUACAAGAAAUCGAAGCUAAGGAAAAGGAAAUUACAAAAAUGAAGGAGGACUUCAAGACUGAGAAAGAAGAGGCAAUCAAAGCAGCAGUAGAUUUGGAAAGAGAGAAGUCUCAAUCUGAGAUUCAGAAGCUAAAGGACAGACAGGAAGAAGAAUUAAGAGACAGGGAGAAUUUCGUACAGACCAUGAAAAAGUCUUUCGAGAUGGAAAAGAAGGAAGUGGAACAGGAGGUUUCGAUGGAAAGAUCGCGAUCACAAGAGACAGUGGAAGGGUUGAAAACUCGUCACGAACAGGAACUUAAGGAGAAACAGCACGCUAUUGCGAAGUUGGAGAAACACUUUCAGGAGCAAAAGGAGGAACUGCAGAAAUCAGUUUCCGAGGACCAGCAGAAGUUUGAAGGGGAGAUGGAAAAACUACGGGCAGAACUAGAAAGACAACUCGAAGAGAAGGACCAAGAGCUAAAAUCACUGAGAGACACACUAGAGCAAGAGAAGGCUGAACUUAUAGAAAAGGCUGUCAGCGAGGAGAAACAGAAGCGUGAAUCUAUUGUUGCAGAAUUGCAGGAUAACUUUGACAAACAGUCGAAGGAAACGGAAGAUAAACUUGCUGCUCUACAGAGCAGGCUUCGGGAAACAGAAGAAGGCGCAAAACAGACCCUCGAGGGAGAAAUUACAGCCAUCAAAGAACAGCAGGAAAAUGCCAUCACUGAGAUUAAGGCCAGUCUUACACAACAGAUUAGUAGCCAAGAAUCCGAAAUCACACAUUUGAAGCAGCAACUUGAAGACUUGAAAAAGGAGAAAGACGAUGAAGCCAAUUCCUUAGCUGGACUGAAAACUGAUCUUGAAAGACAACUUGAAGAAAAGGAAACUGUGAUCUCAAAGAUGCAAACCCAGCAGGAUAGUCUUGUGGCAGAGGCCGUUGAAACUGAGAGACAGAAGGUUACAGAAGAGAUGAACAGACUGAGAGAAGAGAAAAUGGAGGAGAGCAGAAUUUUCGAAAUGCAGAUAGAAAAGCUGAAAGAGUCGUUUGAGCUUCAGAAAGCUGCAGCGGUGAAAGAAGCACUGGGAGGAGUCAGACAGGAGACUGGUGCUGCUGGGAACACUGGGGAUGCAGUUACCAUGGUGAUGGAAGAGGAGAGGAAGAAACAUGAACAAGAGCUCGACAGUCUGAGAAAGAGUCUGGAGAGCCAGAUGUCCAGCCUGAAGGCCAGUAUGCAGGCGGAGCGGCAGGUGGCCUUUAACGAGGCAGUGAGUAAAGUGGUGGCUGAGAAGGAUGGGGAGAUAGAAGCCCUGAGGCAGAACCACCACAAACUCAUGGAGGACUGGGGCACAGAUAAGGGUGAGACGGCUUGUGUGUUACGCUUCAUUAUAUUCUGGGUACGUAUGGAAGUAUUGUUUUGGGUGGCUGAGAAGGACGGGGAGAUAGAAGCCCUGAGACAGAACCACCACAAAGUCAUGGAGGACUGGGGAACUGAUAAGGGUGAGACGGCUUGUGUGUUACGCUUCAUUAUAUUCUGGGUACGUGUGGAAGUAUUGUUUUGGGUGGCUGAGAAGGACAGGGAGAUCGAAGCCCUGAGACAGAACCACCACAAACUCAUGGAGGACUGGGGAACUGAUAAGGAGGCCCUGGAGACUGCCCAGUCAGCCAUCGCUGCUGCCGUGGACGAAAGAGAGAGGGCGCUGCGACUUGCUCAGUGGAGGGAGGAAGAACUCAGAGCACUUCAGGCAGACUUGGAUGAUGCAAACAAGAAGCUCGAGGAGAGACCGUCGGGGGUUUCUCACGAGAGAACGCCGUCCAUCGAGCAGGCCAUGGAGGCAGGGGAUGUGGAGGGAGCUACUGGCAUGACUGUCUCUACCAUGUCUGCUAUCACCACCAUCAGUGAUUCCCCAGGCUCAGAAGCUCAAGAGGACAGAAUAAGGAGUCUGGAAAUGAGUUUGAGGAAGAAAGAAGAGGAAUGUAUGACAUUAAGCCAGAGACUGAUGCAGAGAUCCAUGUCUGCCCUGGGAGGACCUACAGAGAAAGUGGCCAUCAAGGAUUUCCAGAUUGGUGACAUAGUGUUGAUCUGUCUGGAUGAGAGACAUGAUAACUACGUUGUGUUCACCGUGGGACUGGUGCUGUACUUCCUACACUCAGACUCUCUCCCUGCACUGGACCUCAAGUCAGCUCCUGGUGCCCCAAGGAAACCAUGGGUUUUGGGACAGAUCACAGACAAGGAGUACUGCCAGGCUAAGAAGCCCCAGAACAGGUUCAAGGUCCCCGUCGGCACCAAGUUCUACAGAGUCAAGGCCAUCCCGUGGGGCAGGAAGCUUUGAGGGUCAUGUGUGGCAAACUUUGUAAGAUACAUCACAUAG